AUGGCCGGUACUGCUUAUAAGUACGACGCUCUAACCGACUGUGCUACGGGAGCUAGACGAAAACGCUCUUACUGCAGUUUUGACGUAUUCAUUGUGCUGACGCUCAAUCGUUUUUUAGCCAACCGGAAGUGGACUCCUUGCACUCUUCGUCCCCGAUUUUGAACAAAUUCUUGGGCAAAUAGUCUCUUUAAGAGUAAAGACACUUAGCAAUACAAAUUUGGUAGCGUCAAAAGGCGUCGCCGCUUAAACUCUCUAAUUUCAUAUUAGGAGUACAUUUUUUUUAUCCUUCCAUCGCGAUUCAGUUUUUUUUCCACUGUUUUCCUAUUCUUUUUCCUGUUGUUAUUGUCCGAUUAUUUACUUCGGUUACUUAUUUCUUGCGGUUGUCAUCUGACGGAGAAGGGGCUGGAACGCUAAGUACCACAGGCUACCCAUACGUCGGAAGCGGGGAAGAUUAGCUCCCCAAAGUCGCGAAAUUUUACUGACGUUUUGUAGGGGGCAAGGAGGUGUCCCACGCCAUACAAACUUCAACAACAUUUUGUCACUUCGCCGAGCUGUGAUAAAUACAUUCGUUCUUUUUUAACAAAUCGAUCUUAACAACUCAUUAGCCUGUUCCAGGCCAGGCAUUCGGAUAGUGAGCUGCGGUGCGAAGUAAGAGAGCUACCCCACCCCCCAGACUCGUACCCAGUCGUUAUUUAUGUGCUUUGGGGGUGAGAGAAAUUAGGGUUAGGUUGAGGCCGGACUUGAGUCCCCAAGUGCAGCGCGAGCUGCAGCUGGGUCCUCCGUAAACCUCCGUAUUGACCAACAAUGUGCAACACAGGAGACUGGAACCGAAUAUUUUACAAUUGAAUACACUGCUGCUAAGCAUUACGGGAUUACGUAGCAGGAGUGUUGAAAAUGGCGGCGGAGGAAUGCAUAACUCGUGGACCACAGAGAUAGAGAAUUUUCUUCAGUUCUACGCCUUUAACGAACGUCAUGGCGUCCGCUGAGUGUGACUUAGAACUGGAAGAUGGAGAAAUAAAUGAUUUAGAGGACGGCGAAAUAGACGAAGAUAUACUUCUGCCCACGGAAUCGAACAACAAUGUCUUCUCGCGCUUGGAACCACGUCAACAUGCAUAUCCCGAGAAUUCUAAUUCUUACGGAGCAGUCAGGAGAGAUUUUGUACAUCACAAUUUAGGUCCCUCAUCUGGAAAAUGGGAAACACACGGUGGUCCUAUAACUCCAUCACGGGGGAGAUUUCCAAGAGGACGAGCAACUCUGCCAGGAGUCCUGCGAGGAGGAAGGGGAAAAUCAUCUUAUCGUGGAAAUGGACGGCAAGUGAUGGGCCGGGGCAAAUCUUUUGCUGCCAAAAGAGAAAAUACACGUCAAUGUAUCCUUUUGUUCUUUUAAGCUGUACGAAAAUGGAACAUUUUUUCGCGUGGAGAGCGUUAAAUUAAAUUAAAUUACCUUGGCAAUUAAACUUAAAAAGUGAUACACUUAUUUGCUUCUUCAGCAAAUAAAGGGAAGACGUACGCUUUCUUCUUUCAGUUUUAGUGCAAUUCUGGGCAUAUUUCUUUAGGUUCUGUAGGUGACUGGAACAAGAAUGUUAUCCACUGUAACAGUUAAAAAUCUAAAGGAAAGUAAUAGUUGCAUAUAGUUAAACUUUUUAACUUACAUUAGUUUUAUUCACAACUGUCUUUGUCUCCUUACUCGAGUAAUAUUCAUGAUGAGUAAUAUUUAGGUUUAGGAUUCAAAGGAAACUGAGUAUUCAACAGUUUGACAGCUGGUUUUAAGCUUGCUGCAUUGAAGGUUGAGCUCCCUUUCUCAAUAGCAUAGGAAGCGAAUGACAUCAGAGUGACUAAUUUGCAAUUUUUGUCUGAGUUUUGCUCUUUUUUUUUCAUUUUAAUGACAAGAGACAAACAGACAUGACAUGUUAAUGACAAAAGUCAGACAAAAGUGAGGAAUUUGCUAAUGUUAAUUUCAGUUCAUUUGUCUGAGUUUCUGGUCUAUAAAUAGUAACUGGGCAAAGCGCUAUUGUGAUUAGGGUAGGGUUAAGUGCUGAAAACGAUGGUUAGGGUUAAGCAAUGACUCAAAAUGAUAAGCUUUUAUUCAUUGUUUGGUUUGACACCAUUUGAAAGUAAAGGUGGUACCAAAGGCUAAUUUGGGCAUUUGUUUGAAAAUUUUAUUCUUGUGAAAAUUUUAGAAAGGUUUAAUAAAAAUAAGUGAAAUUUUAUGGAUGCAAGUGCAAGGUACAUGUAUAUGUUUUGGAAUAUUGCAUCCUCUUUUGGAUUACUACUAGAGAAUUUGUGGAAUUUAUAAAAAUUUAGGAUGCAGUCAAAAUAAAAUAGCCUUUAAAUUUAAAAGGAUUAAAUAAUAUUCAAAAUGAAAAGACACACAUAAACAAAACCAUAAAAGAAAGAUUUACGCUGCAGUGUACCAAAAAAUAUUGAACUUGGACAAUUUUAGCGGAAAACCAAAAAAGUUAUACCUGGUGUGAAUGCAAUACCUUGCCACUUCCAAAAUACAAAGCGGACUGUGGUGCACUGCACUGCAAAUUUUCAUUAUCUUGUCUAGAUAACGUGUACCAAGAUUUGUGGAAUUUGAAUGAAUCCUUGCAGAGGAAACUAUUCAAAAAUGCCAGCAAUAAGCUUCAAUUAAGAGGGUUUUUUUAUUUAAAAAAAAAACUGCAAUUUCUUUUGAUUUCCAUGCACUCGAACAGAAAUUCGUGUUUGUUGACUUAGUCGCCAUCUUGGAAAGGCCCGUAAUAUACUUUUCUAACUUAAAACACAAAAUACUGCCCUAUAUGCGGUCAUGAUCGCGCUAUUUGGCUGGCUAUUUUUCCUGCAAAACCAAUCAGAGGCACAGGUAUAAACAAUGAAACCUUUUGAUUCACAACAAUGUACUGCAGUGAAGUGCUGGCAAGUUUGUUUCUGUUCAAUAGGGAAUUUUCUUGAGUUCUAUACAGUACAAGGAAACAUUUGCCUUUCUAUGGCAAGGAAAAGCUUUUCCGUCUAUAACUAACAUUAUGGCAAAUGAUCAAAGACGGAAAUUCUGCAGUUUCAGUAGCAUGAAGUGCAAAAAUGUACAAUGCAUCAGAGAACAUGAUCAUGCAUUUAAUUUCAUGGCUAGCACGUGUUUUUUUAAAACGUUUUAGAUAGAGGAAUUCAUCAGACAUUUACGGUCACGGUGCUAUAAUAUGCAAAUACAAAGUGAAUUGCUCAUAUAACAGAAGAGUUUCUGAUGCGUUAUUGUUUUGCAAUCAUAACCAGAUAUUUAAACUGUCAAAUUUGCCUGCUUCGCGAUAUAAAUAUUUUCUUAGCCACAAGUGUUUUUAUAGCUCUCAGUUUACCACAUUUUUCCGACGAAAUUGGUCAUGGAAAAGAAACUUUAGUUUUCACGCUUCAAUGAGAUCACCCUAAACUGAAACUUGGCACACAAUGUUAAGAACUGGCUAGCUUCAAGCUGGUAGAAAAUCACAUGAUUCUGAGAUGGUCAUGUUAGCCUGCAGUUCCACUUAAGCUGCAGAGCAGACUCAAACAGGGUGAAGUCGUAGGGAGGUGAAGGGGGCGAAACCAGCAAAACUAUUGCUGUAGGUUAAACUGGUUGACAUAUUUGAAUUUGAAUUUAAUUUUGGACCUACAACAUAAAAACUGGUAAAGCAAUGCUGAAUUACUCCUCCAGUUUGUUUUCAAUUCACAUUGCAGAAUACUCAGAGCCAGUUGUGUAAAACAAUGUACAAUUUCCUUGGGCUGAACAUUAGAGGUGACCAUUUUUAUCUUACAUUAAGAUUUAUGCUAUGAACCCCUAGCCACUUUCUUACAUGUCUUUAACUCAUGAUUGGCUGUAUAUGCAUCUUUACAACAGAUGAACAAAUUUCACAACCAAACUUUGUAAACAAAAUUCUUUGCAUUUGUAUUCUUUGUGCAUGGGGGUUUCUUUUUAACUCUUGUAAAACUUUGCAAAUUUGCAAUUUCAAACAGGCUUGGUGGUGAAAUUUCCACAUCUGAUGUAAACAUGCAUAAGGACUAUAAAAUGUGCCAAGUAUUUUAUACCUUCUUUUUCAACCAAUUUCUUUUACAUGUAAACGAAAUGUUGUGGAGUGGCCAGGUACAUGUAUUGUGCGGCUACUCCUUACUCCUCAAAAGCACACUGUGCUCCUUUCAAGUUUGGCCAUCUUCUAUUUGAUUACUCAAGAGAUCCUGUCACUUAAAACUUUUUAUUUUUGUUUUUCUUUUGUAAAUGGUAUUACAGUGGAACCUUGAGUUGAUGAACCUCUGUAUAACUAAGUACAUUUUAUAAUUAACAAUUAUUCCUUCGGCCUCAUGGGCUUUUGACUCAGAGCCCAUUGGGGCUCGAGGAAAAAUUCUUUUUGUAAAAUCCAACUAGUUGGUCAAAAAUAUAGAGACAAAACAACUUUGGCUAGUAAAAUGCGAUUCAGCCGCCAUUGUUUUUGUUUUCAAAGCCGGCAGUUUUCUCUACUAAUGGGCUAUAACAUAUAGCCUAGUAGUAGCUUAACCAAUCAGAACGUAGCAUUGAUAAUAGACCACAAGUUGGAUUUUACUAACUAAUGAUAUUCUUUACCCCAGUAAUAGUAAAAUAUAUGAAAAAAAACUUUGAAAUAACAAAACCGUGUUAUAGCAGACAUAUUUUGCCAGUCCCUUGGCCCUUUUUUUAUAUCGAUGUUCUGCUGUAAAUAAAAUGAUGUAAUUAGCACUGUAACGUCAUUUUGCUGUUCAUGGAUUUCUAUACCUCUAUGAAACUAUAGCAAGCUACAUGUAUCACUUUCUGUCCCAUACAGCUGUACAUGUAUACCCAAAGGAAAAGUUAAUUAUAGACAUGUUUCACUGAUCAAAAGUGAAAGUUAUUUGAAGAGCAUCUUACCAUAACAUCUGGUUUAGGAGGGGCACAUUUGGUUUUUCAGUUUCGAAGAUUUUUCCUCUUUUUGCUCUUACCUGCUUUUCUAGUGUUUGUCAGUUCCCUUUUGUGAACUUGUGGUUUUCAGUUUUUGAAAGAAACAAAGACUAGUGUUUUUUUCCUGUUUGCCUUCUUGCCUUUGUUUGUACAUUUAGUUCUGCUAGAGGGGAAGUGUUAUUAUCAAGAGAAGGCAAGCCCUAGCCUUGCAGUAGCCCAAAGGAUGGAGUACUAUACCCAACUUUAGAAUGGUUUAUUGACCCUUAAAGCCCCACAUCAACAUACAUUUCAUUCAAGAGGUAUUUGAGAAGUUGAUAACAGAUAAAAGCAUUUUCCCCUUGGUUAACAUAUUAAUAAUUCUCAAAGCUGUUUUUCUUGAUGAUAAUUAUAUGAAUACUGUUGUAAUUUGUAUGGUUCUUAACAUAAAUAACUUAAUAACAGAUUUUUUACAAAGACCCAACUUACCUCAUUCUCCUUCUGUGGAGAGAUCUCGUGGACCAUAUCCUCAGAAACGAGGACCAGGUUAUACUGACAAUGAAAGAUUAAGACAAGCUUCUUCUCAACCUGAAAACAAAGCAAGAGCUCCCCACCUUGAUGAAAGGUGGCAUGGUCACGGCUACCCUGAUACUGAGAGACCGAGGUUACCCCAUCCGCUUCUGAACGAAAGACAAAGGCUGCCUCUCAUGGAGUUGGAUGAGAAGUCAUGGCCUUCUUAUAACACAGGUGUAGAUUCAAUUGCUCCUGCACCAGAUCAACAAUCUGCAAGAAUGGAGUCACCUUUAGAUGAAGAAGAAGUUGAUGAUUAUCGGAUUUUGCUGCAGCGCCAUCGUCUUAUUCAGCAGCAGCUUGCUGCUCUUGAAAAACAAGAGAGUUCAACUUUGGAAGAGGAAAACAUCAUUGAUGACACUUUUAUAGAUAUUCCAGUUGAAGACACACAGCCAGAUCAGUCUGUUGUCAAUGAAGGAAACCUUGAAAGUUUUACUUAUUCAGUUGUUGAAAGUCCUGAAAGAGAUGAGGUUAUGAAUCCUCAGCAAUCAAAUCUGAAUCAAAAUCUCACAAAUGUUGUAAAUAUUGGUGAACUUGAAAACUCUGAACAAAUUGAUGAUCUAUUUAUGAGUGGAAAGCCAGAGAACUCAAACUCACCAAAGCCAUUUGUGCCAUUUAGAAUUAAACCUCGCUACACUGGCGUUCCAUCAAUAAAAGAAUUGAGCCAAAAAGACUUGGAGCUGAGGGGAGCUAAGGAAGGCACCCCAACUGCCGCAGACAGUAUCAAUGAAGGGAAUCAACUUUUAAAAGAAAACAGUCAAGCCCCCUCACAACAUCGUAACAGAACUAGAGGAAAGCUCUCUAGAGGUCGCAAAAAUAGAAAGAGAAGAAAAAGAAAUUUUUCUCAGGGUGGAAAUCAAAGUAACAGCGCAAUAGACAAUCAACCUUCGGAAAAAGUUGGCUCCAAUCAAAAUUCACACGUUGAUCCUCAUAAUGAAUUAGAGGCAAGAUUGAUGAGUUUAGCAGGGAGCUCUGUUCCAAAUCUUGGAGGGACCGAUGAGAACAGGUUUGUACUGAGCAAAUUUUAAGUUUUUACUUCAGUAUUUAUGAUUCAUAUGGUGCUCUAACAUGUAUACAGUGGAAGCUCACGUAAGCAGACACCCUGGGCACGCAAGAAAGUUGUCAGUUACUUGAGCUGGCUGCUUACAAGAAUGGUUCUCAUUAGAGGCCACUAGAAAAGUAAGGGUUAAGAGGCUGCGUAUGGGAGCUUGCCCAACUGUAAAUAAAUACAGUGUAAACACUGGAAAUGCAAAAAAACUGUUUGUUAGUGUUUGUUCUACCAUUCUGACAUUGUAUUAAAUCAAUCACAAGCAUAAAAUUCAAGUGGUGUUUUGAAGUGUAACUGGUCCUGUACAUGAAAAAAAUAACAAAUACUAAAACUGAUAUAAAUCCCUUGUGACAAACAGCAAUAUUAAGUUGAUACAGUAAAAUACAAGAUUCAUAGGAGAACGAGAUUUCAUUUCUGCAUCAGGUGUCCCCUUACGGGAGCUAAAAAAAGAGCUAAAAUCUAACUCGUAAACUGUGAAAGUGACCACUGCUGGCUAAAGGAAUUGUCCACAUAUAGGAAUGUAAGAAUGCAGAGUUUAUUUUGGAAUUGAAACAGAGUUUUGUGAAAGUGGCGGUAAGUAGACUAGCCGCCUAAGUCUGCUUGCAAGAGUGCCCAUUUACAGAGCUUCCACUGUAUAAACAUUGUUUACCAUAUUAGUGGAGAAAGAGUUUAUGUUUCUGGUGAAUGAAGAUCCAAUUCCCAAGAUAGAGAAACUUAUUAUACUCAAGCUUUUGAUUCCGUCAUGGAGUCUUUAUCAAGUGAUGGAGUCGGAUAUUUAAUUGUUGUUAAUGUGUCAGCAUGUUGAUAGCAAGAACCAGGCUUUGAUUUGUAUGCGCAUUCCUUUGUUGUUUGUUCCAGGCAAGAUGUUGACUUCAAGAAACAAGAAAGGCGUGAGAAAGUGCGGCAGUGGCAUGAAAAGAUGAAUAAAGCUGGAUUUUCAGAUCAGAAAAGUCAGCAAGGAAAUAAAUUACACCCUAAAAAGAAACCAGCCAAAGGGAGUAAAAGAAGUGCAACUUCACAAAGUUUAAAAUCAAGUGAAAGUCAGCGCGCAGACAGAGAUUUGCACAGAAGGAAUGUUGUCAGGUUUGACAAUGAUGACUAUUUUGAAAUACCCAUGGAUGUUGAGAGUGAUUCAACAGGUAAUGCAAUAAAAUUUAGUUCAAGAAAAGAUGCCAUUUGUACAGAUUUUUUUGUUUUGAAAUUGAUUAUUUAAGCAAUGGAAAAUGUUUUCCUUGUUUGCAUAGCCUGAUAUAAACAUUUGAGGGUUGGGAGAAUUCUAGACAGUCAAGCAAACCCAAGACAAAGUAUGAGGGUUUGCACAACUGUCGAGAAUUCUCCCAACCCCUUGAGUGUUUCUAUCAGGUUAUGCAAACACAGGGAAAAAAGUUUCCUAUUGCUUUUAUAAAACAACUUUUCUGAGGAAAAAGCAAAACUCUUUGUUUAUGCUACUGAUUAAAAGAGAAAUUCUUACCAGUCAGGAAGUGUUGUACACAAAGUUUUGUACUCAUAAUCAGUGCUUGUUUUGCAAAAAAGAUGCUUUCCAAAAUACAGAUUUUUCUCAUUUAAGAUGUCAGGUUAAGUGGGAAAAAAUUUGACACAGUGCAUUUCUAAAGAUUUUCCAAGUUUCAGCCAACAAGGAGAUGGGUAAAUAAAGAAACUUGUCUAGUUUUCAACUCAAAAACGUUUUCAAAUUCGUGCUUGCAUGAUUACUGAGCGCUCGGCUAAACAUCUUGACAUCACAACCAUGUUUACAUACUCUCUCAUGAACACACCUCUCAGCCAAUCAGAAUGCUCCUACUAUCUUAGUUAUUUUAUAAAAUUUAUUCUUGUAGCUGUAAAUUUGUGAUGGACAGUGAUUGAUAUGUGUAGAAUUUAUAGCGCUCACUGAUGACCAAGAUUUCGUGCAGGGAUGUCACUAAGAUUUCAAGUUGCUGGGUAAAUAAAACAAGUAGGCGCGGAAUCAGACAGCUAGGGAUUUUUUUUGGUUAUAUUUUUCUUCUACAUGUAUUUUCCUCUGAAAGUAGCCAGGGUCACAUUAAUUAUUUUAUAGUAGCCGCGGAAAAACCCUGGCCCCCACCUCUUAAUGAUGCGUUGUCAUGUUUAAAUUUAGAUGUAGACUUGAAUUUUUAGUUCAUUUUAUUGUAGUCCAUAACUUAAGUUAAACUCUUUUAGGCUAGAGGGGGGUGGGGGACUUUCCCUCUUAGCUAUAAAUCCGUGACAUCAUCAUCAUCAUUAAUAUCCUCAUUAUCACUGUUAAAAUUCUCUCUCUUUUUUUUUUCUUUUCUUUACCGGACUAGAUGGUCCUGCUCUUCCACUGAUUGAGGAACCAGUUGAAGAUUUCCCCCCACCUCCGCCACCAUUACCCAACGGUGACUCAGGUAAAAAUAGCUUCUCUCUAUGUCUUAUUAACUGCAGUUGAUAAAACUGUAGAGCUAAUGCAUCAGACAUCCAGCCCCCUCCUCCCAAACUACUGUGGGCAUUUGCCUACCUUGUCAGUGUGUAAAAAGUGACACAGCAGUCUUGUUUUUUUCUUUUCCCCUUUCUCUCGUCCCCUCUUCUUUUGCAUUUCUUGUGCCGGGCAUUUAGUAAGUCUCACUUUGGUGGGAAAAGUUUCUGGGCAUGUUUUUGGAUCUUAGGAUUAGAUGAAAGGAAUGGUAUGUGGGUAGUGGAGCAAGAUUUUCUUGGGUCAACAUUGCAUAGUUUUUUGCCUUUUUCUCCAGCUUCCUUGACUGAAUCAUGCUCAUUCUGGUACAUGUAUGGUUUGAAACCUCUCGUCACCCUGCUCAAGUUAGCUGACAAAGUUGUCCCUGACCAUUAAAACUGUUGAUGUCACAUAUGGUAGAAAGGAAGUGGAUCUGCAUGGGCAGUUCAAGGGUGAAUGGGUUAAUUGAUCUAUAAAUUUUUGUUCUAGAUUCUUACAGCUCAUUAUUUUCUGUUAUCUUCUCAUUUUAACAGCAGUCCCUAUGUACGUGGUGGAUCAAGCACAGCAUCCUCUACUGGUAAGAACAGACCCUCCUAACCUAAAUAAAAGUUACUCAUACUGAUAUACCUAGGUUUACAAGUCUUGUCUUGUAUAUCUGCUACAAGAGUAUAAAUACUUUAUGCAUAAAUACUUUUGCAUAAAUACUUUUUCAGUUUGGUACAUUUACCUUAGUGCACAAGAAUUACCAAGUGCAUCAUAUUUGUUAAAUUUAGUUAUUAUUAGUACAUGAACUUUGCAUGCUGUAGGGUUAUCAUCCAAGAUGACAAAUAAGUCAAACAAUUUUAUCACUCACUCAGCCAGAUACACCAGCUCUCCAGGGUACAGUAAAACUGUCCAAUUUUUGUCCAGUAAUUAUUGGACAGUUUUCCUAUUUUUUUAAAGGAAAGUCGUGAGUGAUAAAUUAAUAUCCAAAUAAGAUUUAUCCUCGUCAGGCAGUUUCUGAUAAUCAAUUUGAUAAUGAUAUUAUUAUUACAAUACAGUGUAUGUGACAGGAAUUCACUUUAAGAUUAGCUGAACGCAGCUUGAUUUUAAUCUCAUUCUCUGUUUUUCGUUCAGAUGUACCCACCUACAGGCUAUUUCCAAAUUGAUCAGGUAAGGGGAAUAAAGAAAAGCUUGUGCUGUCAAGGUUUUUUUUUAUCCUACAGUGCUUAAGAUCUUACUUGUAAUUCCCAUGAUGGAAUGUUUCAAUGGGGCAGGAAAGCAAUUCUUGGCAAUGCAUAGUGGAGCAUGCAGAGUAGUCUGCUACACAGCCGUUUAUUGUGUUGUCACGCAACAUGACGCCACAUUGAGGCAUCCGAUUAUAAACCCUCUCAGAUAUAUGCUUCUUUUAUUGAUUUGAUUUAUUAUGAUGUUUUGAAGCUCAAUUAGAAACCAGUAAAUGCAAAACCUAUCUUAUUCAGCAUUGCUAUGGCUUGUUCCAAAGUGUUUUUACUAUUCUGGUUAUAUUCCCCCUCAGAUCUAAGCCCUCCUAAAACCCUUUUCAAAGAUGUAUAAGCAGCAGGUACUGUAUAAAUUAUCACAAGAAUCAUCAUGGUCACUCACUGUAUCCUGUCCCACCUUUGAUCAUUGACUGUCUUGAAUCUGCUUUGCUGUUAAAUCCAGAUGAAUGUUGGAUGGGAAAGCAAGUUUGAGAAAAUAUGUAACUCUCUCUCAAAUCCCAAGAACGCGCAUCCUUUUUAAAAUUUACACAAAAUCAUAUGUGUCUCUUCCGUUUUUCUGUCCCCCAUUUUUAUUUUGGUUCUUUAGAAUUGUUUUUUGUUUAUAAAACCGAGAUAUUUUGGGGGGGAAAAAACAUUUGAAAAAAUAUGUUAUUCUCUCUCUAAACCCCCCCCCCCCCCCCCCCCCCCCACCUGUUCUCUUUUUAAACCAAGUCUCAAUGCAAGUCAUUCCAUCAUUCAUUUUUCUUCUUAAUUUUCUUUUAGAAAUAUCCAGAAUGGAUGGCUGGGCCAGUGCCAUUAAUGUCACAAGGCCCCAGUGACCAGCAGUUUGGAUAUGAAGGUGCACAACUGCAUUUUGUCAUUAGUCUUGCUUGCUUUAGCUUCGAAACUCUAAAAAUGCAAGCCUUUCUGUUUUCUUUUUUUUUUCGCUUGUGUUUGUGCCAAAGAGAAAUCUUGGUCCCACGCAUUGCUAGCGGAGACUGUGGAAACUGGGGAUAAGAAUCGCAUCAUGAUGAAAGCUAUGCAUAGAAAGCUGUGAGAGAUGUCCAGCUUUUCUUGAAUGGGUCGGUCCACGAAUUCUAUCACUUGAAAGUGUUGAUUACUUUGGAACAAGUGAUUACUUCAAUGGUUGAAAAAAAGAAGAACAUUAAUGAGCCAAACGUUGAUGAUGAGGCUAACUGGUUGGGUGUUAUGAACUUUCAUUGUAUGUAAAUAAGUCUUGUGAUGAGUGUGCAGUUUAGUUUUGGCGAUGAUUGAAAUGACUUGCAUUUCAUCAUGUUUCCUUGAUUUUGGCGUAUUUAAACACUCGUUCAAAUCAGUUCAGAAACAAAUUGAAUACAAUAUAAAAAGUAAAUGUCCUGAAGAAUACUCGAGCGUUGAUAAAGUCAGAAGUGAAAAACUUUUAGCAAGGAAAUCCUGUUUUAUGUAGAAUUAGAGCAUGAUUUUACUUUUUUGCUCCCACGCAUGGCUCUAAGGAAAGAAGGAUGACCGCUCUUGGUCUAAUCACCUCCUCAUUUCUUAUCUUAUCUCCAAGCAAGCAAGACUCAACGCUUUUAAGAGUGUUCUUGUUUGUCAUUAAAUUGAGCCAAGCACCUUGUAGGUCUUCAGUGUUACACUGGCUCUAUUUGCGUGAAUGCCAAAAACGGUUUUGAACAAAAAAAAACUAUUCAGUCACCAAAGUAGUAAGGAAGUUUGGUAGAGGCAGUUUUUUACUUCUCCAGGGCCCCUUCUCAUUGAUGAAGCUGUUGUGGUGCUUGAUUUUUGGUGAUAACGCUGCAACAUUGUUCCAUAGACUGAGGGGGUCAGUAACUCUGGUUCCUGAAUCAUGUGCUGUCCAAUGGAAGAUACUGGUCACCCCAAAGAUUUUGCAUUUUACAGAACAACAAUUUUACCGAGCGUCAUUACCAAAAUGCAGCUUCAAAUCAGGGACUCUGUAGUUUAAAGGAAAAAAAUGCACUGUUUUGAUGUGCCAAAAGAGUAUUAUUUUAUCUGGUUAUUUUGUGUGAAAGUCACUCUGCCUACAUCUUAAAAGUUGCUGUUAAUUUUUUUAUUUUGGUUAAUUUUUGUUUUUCCUUUAUUUUUGGGUAUCGUAAUGUGUGCUAACGAAUAUGAAACAAAGGAAAAAUAAAAAUUGCCUGAAAUAAAAAUUAACGGCAACAUCUGCAUUUUUAUAUAUAAGAGAAGUGCCAUUGCCACAUGUUAAUACAGUAUGUAACACUAUUUGGGGAUAUAUGUCACUUUUUUCAGAAUUUGCUAGACAGACAGAUGAGUUGGAGCAAAAUCAUGAUCAUGAGCAGGGUCAUGGCCAGGACAUGUCAAGUCAGGAUAAUUCAGAUGAUGACGAUGAUGAAGCCACGCUAAGAGAACAGCUUCUCAAGUCUUUGGCUGUGAAAAGAAAAGCUAAACUGGAUGUUGGGGUAAAAUAUGUUAAAAUAAACUUAUAUCUUGCACAAAUGUACAAUGACCUCUAUGUACAAUAUCAAAAUUAUCAGAAGCAAGUUUCAGUUUCUUUGAUUUUUGAAUCCCUUGAAAUCCAUUAAUUCUUGCUUUUCCAAGUAUAGAAUUUUUUUUUAAUAGUGGUAAUAGGACUGAGUUUAGUCCAAUUCAGUCUGUAAUCAUACAAGUGAUUUACAAACUCAGAUGACCACAUAGCAGGAGUCUGAUUUGUUUAAUCAUUAAUCACGAGUAUGAUUACAGACCGAAUUGGACAGCACAAAGUUCUGUUAACAAUUAAUCAUAAUUAUAACAAAAUUUAUGAUAUUUUAGGCUUUUUUGAAUUAAAGGGGCUGUGUCACUGCAGUCCAGUUCAUUUUGUUUAAUUUUGCCAAUUACUGGCCCUCAAUCGCUCUGGAACUUAAAGUAAGCAAAGAAAUUACAUGGAAAUGACAAAAUCAGAGAUCCGAGACAAACAAAUAUGUCUCCUGAGCAUUAUUUUUGACGUUGCAGGCAGCAGGGACCAACUUUGAAAAACUGUCAGGCUGAACAGUUUUUAAAAACCCUAAUUUCAAUCCGUUUCAAUCUUCCUCAGUUUUGUCCAUCCGUGGCAUCUGUUGUUUCUGUUAUGUUGUUUUAACCUUCCUUUAAAGCUUUAAGCAGUUAUUUUUGUGUUUCUCUUAAUUUAACGGGCAUUUUGUAAUUUCCUAAUUUGGCUGAAUUUCGUGACGCAGCUCCUUUAAAACACAAGAAAUUCUGAGAUUUUCUUUUUGUUACCAGUAAAAAAGCCUUUAAAGUGCAUGCAUGUGACGAUGCAUACUGUUCAAUUACUUAGGCAUGACCUGUACUGUCCUAUUACACUGUCCUAUUAGUGUUGAAAUCAGGACAGUUGAUAGCCAAUCAGAUUUGAGAAUUUUGUUAUAGUUAUGUCUAGUACCAUAAUAAUUGCUUCUACUUUCUCAUACUGAGUUCAAACUGUCAUGGAAAUUACUGUCAACAAAACGAUUGUGAUAUUCUGUGAAACAAUUUAAUGUUGCAUUAAUUUUCUUUUUUAGAAGGAAACCAAAUCUUCUCCAAAACAAUCCAGCAGUUCAAGUUCACGUGUACAAUCACCAACUAUGGUGGCUAACAAUGAACAACAGAAAAAGCUUCAACAGAAUUCUCGACAGGUAUAAUAAGUUAUGGGUCUUAAGCCGGCAAUCAAAGGCUUCAGAAUUUCCUGUGAAAAUGUUUUGAUAUUGCAGUCUUGCAUCUCUGCUGCUAAUCACUGCAAGACCCUUUUAAAACUUUUGAAGAUUGGCAAUUUGAAGCAAUCUUCACUUAUUCCCCUUGAAAUUGAAAUCAGACUGUUCAAAAAACAAUAACAUCUCUUGAAAAUUAGCCUAAUUUUUCAGUUGUAAUCCAUGUGAAUGUCCACCUAAGAACGGUCUUUAAUGCAUAGUUUACUGUUAUUCUGUAUUUUCUUCUUAUUUUGAAUAUUAAUACUUUUUUGAUAUUUUCUUCAAUCUUAGAAUAGUUUUUAACUGUUUAAAACAAAAAUGACUCAAAAUAUCUUGACAGAGCCUCUUUAAGGUAAACAUGCUGUAAAUGGUAAUCAACUUCUGCGUUUGUUUUCAAGGUACAUGUAUAAGUGCAUUGUUGUUCAUAGCUUCCUUACGGCGAUAUAUGUUUAGGUCCUCAGACAAAAAUGAAAAAAAUGAUAAAUGGAAGAUAACGGAAUGGAAGUUUGACAUGACAACUCUUUCAACUUGACCUCAUUCAUUUUCACAGGUGUCAUUUGUUGCGCCUCCUAAGCAUGAGCCGGUGGUCAUAAAGCUGGGAGAGGAUUCAGAUUCAGAAUCAGAUCGAUCUGAUGCCGAGUCUUCAAAGAAAAAAGUCUCCAGCAAUAAAAAGGCAGGGAAUGGUUUAUUUGGAGGACUGGAAAUGAUGAUCAAAGAGGCUAGAAAAUCUGCAGAGGUAAGCAGAAUACCAAUAGUAUGGAGUGACUUACACACUGUUGUUUCAGACUUCUAUUAUAGCAUGAUUGCAUGGUACACAAUGUUUUCUUCCUCUGUAUCAUACAACUGUACGUGCACAAGGCUGUGCUCUAUGAGAAAUUGAAGGGAGCCCAGUGCUGUGAACUUGUGAAAUCCAAGGCGCCCAGCAUAUGAUUUGAGUGAAAAAAGUAAGAUUUUCUAUUAGCCCAAGAGCAAAAGUUAGGCACCACAAGCCACUGGGUGCUGCAAGAGUACAGCCGAAGAGUCGAGCACUGCUAUCUGGUAUGAUUAUCAUGCCUGCUCAAAAGCUAUCUGGUACAGCUGUAUAGUGUGAAUAUACCGUAAAAUUCCGAAAAUAAGCCAGAGGGCGUAUAUUUUUCAACAACGCUUAUUUUUGGAGGGGCUUAUAUACAGAGGGAAAUUUGCACUUUAAAAUUGUUUAGGCUAGCUAGCCUUAUAGUUGGAAGUAAAUUUACCAUUUUUGCUUUGUUUUACUUUGUAUUUGAGGUCAAUUUUCCAAGUACAAGCCCCCGGGGGGGCUUAUAUUUGGAGGGGUGAUUUAACGGAGGGUUUUUUGCAUUACCGCUUUGGGGGGGCUUAUAUUUGGAGGGGCUUAUUUUCAGAAUUUUACGGUAGCCUUAGUUUAGCAAAUUUUUGGAGGACUGUGACAACACUUUUUGCAUAUUGACAAAUUUAAGUCCUUGAGCAUUAUAAUUUGCCACCAAGUCAGCGCUUUUGUCUUCAAAGGUCUGGCACGCUGUCAUUAACAGGCUGAUUUAGCAACAGUAUGGGAAUGUCAGUUGACAACGGCACACUCGAAUCAAAAAACUGGCUUGACCAAUGAUAGAGCCUCAAAUUGAGAAGAGGAAGUCGAGUUUAGUCCUUUCUGCGCGCUUUCCCGUUGUCAAAUGAUCUUCCUGUUCUGUUGCCAGUUCAGCUUAAUAUUGAGACAGGAAUGCUUACUUGUAUUUUUUUCUCAAUUUUCAGGCUUCCAAGGUAAAAAGUAACGCAGAUGCGGAAUCAUUACAAGAUGACACAGGUAACCCAUCCAGAACAGACCUGCCACCUGAACCCAAGACUCCUGAUGCAAUGGAUCAUAUGCCUGAGCAAAUGAAAACUGAGUACAGAAGGCUAAAGGAACAGUUAGCCAUGCGUGAAAAGACGAGGCAGCCACUUGCCAAUGUUAACCAGGAAAAAGGUACUAAAAUAGUUUAUAUGUUGUAGUUAGUUUUUCAUUUAGGUAAUUGUUUCAACUUCGAUGUGAAGUAUAUGAAAUAAUUCAUUUUUGAACUCCGGUUGUAGAUGAAAGUCAAGAAUGAUCACAAGGCUGUGCUCUAAGGAAAAUUGAAGGGUGCCCAGUGCUCUGAACCUGUAAAAUCUAGGGUGCCCAGCAUAUGAUUUGUAUAAAAAAUUUGAAAUUUUCUGGACGCCCAGGAGCAAAAGAUGGGUGCCAGAGGCCACCGGGCUCUGCUAGAGCACAGCCCUGGAAUCAUUGCAGUAAAUUUUCCAAUUUAAGCAAUUGAAAAGAAGAAGCCUGAAGAAAAUCAGGGCUUCAACGGGAUUCGAACCCAUGACCUCCGCGUUGCCGGUGCGUUGCUCUACCAACUGAGCUAUGAAGCCACACAUUGGGAGCGAGGUCAAUUUAUUGAGUUCAUAUCUCCCAUGAGGAGUGAAAUGAUGUGAAGUAUCUGAAAUAAUUCAUUUUUGACCUGGGGUUGUAGAUGAAAGUGAAGAAUGAUCAUCGCAGUAAAUUUUCCAAUUUAAGCGAUUGGAAAGAAGAAGCCUGAAAAAAAUCACAUCAUUUCACUCCUCAUGGGAGAUAUGAACUCAAUAAAUUGACCUCCCUCCCAAUGUGUGGCUUCAUAGCUAAGUUGGUAGAGCAACGCACUGGCAACGUAGAGAAAAAAAUCAGGGCUUCAACGGGAUUCGAACCCAUGACCUCUGCGUUGCCAGUGCGUUGCUCUACCAACUUAGCUAUGAAGCCACACAUUGGGAGCGAGGUCAAUUUAUUGAGUUCAUAUCUCCCAUGAGGAGUGAAAUGAUGUGAUUUUUUUCAGGCUUCUUCUUUCCAAUUGCUUAAAUUGGAAAAUUUACGGCAAUGAUCCAGGGCUGUGCAUACAUUAUUAGCAUACAUUAUCGUACCCAAAAACAAAACAAAAAAUAAAUUACCUGAGAUAAAAAAUUAACUACAGCAUUAUACUUUAUAUAGUCAAACCCUCCUUUACAGACACCCACUUGACCCUUUAAGUCACAAUAGUGACCAAGAUCAAUUUUCUCCUAACAAUAUCCAUACAUCGUCAACAGAUAAGUUAUGAGAAUUAAUAAAAAUAAUGAUCACCCAAGUAAAAAAAUUCCUUGAUCUUUUAUCAAAUUCUCUCAACUCAUUCUUUAAGGAAAUGUAUGGAGAUCAGUUUGGAGAAUUUGUAUGUGAAUACUGGGGCUUAAAGGGUUAAUAUGGGCAAUUCAUUAUUACGGACAGUUUGCCUUGCUUCUGGGGAAAGAAAGCCUUUACAUUUUCUCUAAAUUCAACCCACUUAAUAUGGACACCUUCUAUGGCCCCCUCAGUGUUUAUAUUGACAUGGUUUGACUGUACCUUCCUACCCUCACAAGUACAUGUCUGGUAAAAGGCAAUACCACCUUCUGAUCUAAUAUAUUGGUACCUGUGAAAUUUUCUUCUCCUUCUACUUAACGUUUUCCAGGGAACCCUGUUUUCAAGUUUUUGAAUCUCUGUUCUGAUCAUAAAUAAUUAUUUGUUAUUUAAUACAGGAGCAUUGGAUUUGAUUCCAUCACUUUUAAGAACAUGCUGUUCACGUAAAAAUCUUUAGCAUCUUUACUUAGGCAUUUUGUUUGCUUUGUAAAGAAGUUAGAAAAAAAUCUAUGGUGUGGCUCAAAAUCUUAGGCAGCUAUCAAUGUGCUUCAGGCAACUAUUACAUCUAUAAAUUUGUUCUCUUUUUUUGUAGAAGAUAGUUGUCAGAUAUUGGCAUCUGAAGAUCAAGCCGAAGAUUCCAUGGAAGAUGACAGUAGCCACUUACAAAAACUCCACAGUUAUGUGACAGAGUGUGAAGAGAAUCUGACCAAGCACAAGUAAGCUACUGACUCAAACAUUAAAAUUCAGUAUCUUUCUGAUGUUAAAACUGAUUGUCAGACAGUUUUAAGGCCAUAUUUUUUUUUCUGACGGCCAUUAAUACAAACUGUUAUUACCAUGCCCUUACUUUCUCCUUCUGUUUUAAAAAAUUGUUUUCACGUCUUGCAAUAACGGCACUUUAUAACUUCCUUUCCUGGAAAAGUACAGUUUUGUUUGAAUGUUUCAUUUCAAUCCUAUAACCAAAUUACAGUUCCUUAAAAUUAACUUAAAACAGUUCCCUUUAGCCUUCAUGCUAAUGGGAGAUAUGCCCGUAGACAGCAAAGAAAAUAAAGGUUAUAGAAAAAAAGGAUGGUGAUGGAUAGUGUUAGUCACUAAAUAAAUCACUUUCUAGCGUUUUUGGUCAUCUUGCCACCAACAAAAUCACCACCAAGAAGUCUACUUCUUUAACCCUUUAAGCCCCAAUAUCCACAUACAAAUUCUCCAAACUUGUCUCCAUGCAUUUCUAUAAAGAAUAAGUUGAGAGAAUUUGAUAAAAGAUCAUUUUAAUAAUUCUCACAACAUUUUCUGCUGAUUGUGUAUUGAUAUUGUUAUGGGAAAAUUGAUGAUGGUCAAUCUUGGGACUUUAAGGGUUAACAACCCGCAGUUAAUUUUAAUCUGUCAGCCGACUGUCUGUUCGCGAACUGUCAAUCGACACUCUAAUGAUGGACAGCCGACAGAUAGUUGUACUGGAGAAACCAGUUGUGCUAUCUCUUGGAUAGUUCCACAACAUAGCACAAUCCACCCUUGAGCAACUGGAAUCAGCUUAUACACUGUAGUUUUAGCUCAAUAUGCUAUCAAGCUGUACACCAAGAAUGACUGUAUAAUAAAAAGAAAUAAUAUUAUCAUAAAUGCAGAGAAAGCUUGUUUCAAUAUUAUGCCACUUGGUUUGUCUUUAAAACUCCAUUGUCAUGAAACAUGAUAUCACAGAUUGGUAUUUGGUUUUUCUUAGUGCUUUAUUACCUGCAUUAUAACUUUAUAAUGCUAUAACAUCUUUUAUCUUUCAGGAAGGUUAUCCAAAAAGACAAAGCAAUUUUAAAUAAAACACUUAGUGAAUUGAAAGAAAAAAGCCGCUCACUUCAAGCACAAGAGGAAAAUGUGAAAAGCCGAAGAUUCCAUGGAAGAUGACAGUAGCCACUUACAAAAACUCCACAGUUAUGUGACAGAGUGUGAAGAGAAUCUGACCAAGCACAAGUAAGCUACUGACUCAAACAUUAAAAUUCAGUAUCUUUCUUAUGUUAAAACUGAUUGUCAGACAGUUUUAAGGCCAUAUUUUUUUUUCUGACGGCCAUUAAUACAAACUGUUAUUACCAUGCCCUUACUUUCUCCUUCUGUUUUAAAAAAUUGUUUUCACCUCUUGCAAUAAUGGCACUUUAUAACUUCCUUUCCUGGAAAAGUACAAUUUUGUUUGAAUGUUUCAUUUCAAUCCUAUAACCAAAUUACAGUUCCUUAAAAUUAACUUAAAACAGUUCCCUUUAGCCUUCAUGUUAAUGGGAGAUAUGCCCGUAGACAGCAAAGAAAAUAAAGGUUAUAGAAAAAAAGGAUGGUGAUGGAUAGUGUUAGUCACUGAAUAAAUCACUUUCUAGGGUUUUUGGUCAUCUUGCCACCAACAAAAUCACCAGCAAGAAGUCUACUUCUUUAACCCUUUAAGCCCCAAUAUCCACAUACAAAUUCUCCAAACUGGUCUCCAUGCAUUUCUAUAAAGAAUAAGUUGAGAGAAUUUGAUAAAAGAUCAUUUCAAUAAUUCUCACAACAUUUUCUCCUGAUUGUGUAUUGAUAUUGUUAUGGGAAAAUUGAUGAUGGUCAAUCUUGGGGCUUUAAGGGUUAACAACCCGCGGUUAAUUUUAAUCUGUCAGCCGACUGUCUGUUUGCGAACUGUCAAUCGACAGUCUAAUGAUGGACAGCCGACAGAUAGUUGUACUGGAGAAACCAGUUGUGCUAUCCCUUGGAUAGUUCCACAACAUAGCACAAUCCACCCUUGAGCAACUGGAGCCAGCUUAUACACUGUAGUUUUAGCUCAAUAUGCUAUCAAGCUGUACACCAAGAAUGACUGUAUAAUAAAAACAAAUAAUAUUAUCAUAAAUGCAGAGAAAGCUUGUUUCAGUAUUAUGCCACUUGGUUUGUCUUUAAAACUCCAUCGUCAUGAAACAUGAUAUCACAGAUUGGUAUUUGGUUUUUCUUAGUGCUUUAUUAGCUGCAUUAUAACGUUAUAAUGCUAUAACAUCUUUUAUCUUUCAGGAAGGUUAUCCAAAAAGACAAAGCAAUUUUAAAUAAAACACUUAGUGAAUUGAAAGAAAAAAGCCGCUCACUUCAAGCACAAGAGGAAAAUGUGAUCAAACUUCGCCAACAGCUUGAGGCUGCUCAGAAAAUUGCUCUUGCUAACAGAGUGCUGAUAAACAGGCUGCGCAAUCAGGCAAAGGCAGUGAAGGAAAAAGUUGGGAAGAAACAGCUUGCAGCAAGCAACUUUGAAGAAGACCUUCUUAGAGCCAAAAGUAUUCUAUCAGCGGUAAGAAGGAAAAUGCCUGAAGUGGGAGAUACAGGAUCUGGCCGAAACAGCCCCCAAAUGGAUUCUUUACGAGGUGUUUGCAAUGAAAACCAGAAGUUUAUGAUCACUUCUGCUACUGCUCAGGAGAUACAAAGUUCACUCGCAGCAAAGCUUGACAAGUUGUCUGCUUUAUCCAAAUUGGAAAAUAGGGAAAAGAGGAAGCUUGAAGGAAAUAGUGACUCUUCAGAGGAAACGGUGAGUUGUCUUAGAACAUAUUGCUCAUGAAUAUCUAUCAGUUUUCUAAUAUUAUUAUUUUGCUUUAUUAGGUUUCCAAGAAAGCAAAGCCAGCUUCCAGUCUACCAAGAGAGGGGAGUCCUGCUUCUUCAGGACCUGGCACACCAAGAAAGUCUGCAGUGGCUGAGCGUCUUGCACAAGAAAAAGCACGGCUCAAAAAACUUGAACAUGAACUAUUACUGAAGCUUAAGUCAUUUGGAAGACACCAGGAGGAAGAAAAGAAUCAUCCUUCAUUGAGCAAGCAAUCACAAAACAAUGAUAAUACUGAACUUGAGAGAGUUGAUGCACAAAAGAUGAGGGCUCAACAGUUGAGUGAUGGUUCAGGUAAGCAAGUUUUGAAGUCCAGAGAUCAGCAUCUUCAGCUUCCUGCAGGUAAUGAUAAGGAUGCCUCACCAAAAGACACCCUAAGUCAAGACGUGAAAAAAAGAUCCAUUUCUCCUGAGCAGUUGGAAUGGAUCAGAAAAUUACAGGUCAGUGUCAUGCUUUAAGUGAAGGUUUAGAAUGGAGAGGAAGAAUUGUGAUGUCAUGUUGCCACAAUAGCAAAAUGUCUGGAUGACAACAAGCCAAAAUGUAACUUAAAAAGUGGAUUCGCACUGUUUCAAGCUUCAUCGAUCUUAUUUAAUUUCAUUUAAUUUGUCAAAUGUUGUCAUAAGUACUGUAUCUAAGUAAAGAAAAGGAAAAAGAACAUUUUUGUGUUGUGCUCACCUACUCCAUAAAGCAGGCACAUGAAAUUACGAAGUUUCAUGUCGCAGUUGUGCAACAACGGCUAAGAAAUGUACAAAAAAGCAUGAUGUUAGUGCAAAGUUGUUCUUUUGCCAAUCUAAACCUAUUACGUUUUUGCUGUUUGCCGUUGCAAUUGCAAAAACUCCCUAUUGUUGUGAUCCAGAAAUUUUGCUACCAUGGUAAUGUGACAUCACACAUCUUCUCUCUAGUGUGUGAUGUAGAUUACCUAAUGUAAGUGAGUAUGGACAAGCAGUAUCAUCAAGCUGUUAAGGGUGCGUGAUUUCAACUCAAAAUCCCUUUGGGGGGCCUGUUUCUCGAAAUUCUUGGUAAUUAUUCAGGCUGUAAUAUAAUAUUCAAAUCAAACUCUAAAGGAUAAAAGUGCAUUUCCUUUUUCAAAACCAGCCCAUUUUGUUUUGUUGACUGGUGCAUGAUGUAGUUUUAUCCUAUUAUGUGCAAAACUAUUGAAACCUCGAUCUUGAAUGUCAUUAAAAACAGUUUUCUGAGGCUGGUAAUAAUUGGGACUUUCGUGAAAUGGGCCCCUGACCAGUGGAUGGUGUUGUUCCUGUUAUCCCACAAAGAAUACCUGUGCAUGUACAAUAGUUUAUUUAGUUCCUUGGGGAUCUCCUAGGCUGAAAAAGAGAAGAAUGGUCAACACUUUUCAGGCUUGAGUCCUGAUGUCCCGGCAGUAGCAGCUCACCAGCGUUCUACACUGUGUGUUUGGUUGCCAUUCGAUGGUGACCUGUCAAGUACAGUAACUGAUGUUGACGCUGGUGAUUUGUGUAAAGAGCAGGAGGGAGGCAUGAGAACUGUGGCUGAAGAACCAAGUGGAAAAGAAAGUAAUGAUUUGAUUUCCUGUCCUCUGGAAAAGUACCAGAGCCUGUUGCGAUACUUCAGGUCUUACAGGUAUAUGUGGAUGAGUUUUGUAAGGGCCUGUUUACACAGAGGUGGGGGACCCCAGAUAGGUGAGGUAACAUGUGGCGGGCCACCCCACCAGUCAUGUAAAUGUGAUCAAAUUAAAAAGAGAGAUUAUAUGGACAGGCAGGUUACUCCACCUAAGCUGGUUACCUCACCUACAUGGGGUCCCCCACCUCCAUGUAAACAGGCCCUAGAUGUAUACAGUUGUAGAAAACAACAAUGAAGUAGUCACUGAUAAAUAAAAAAAACACUUAAAGACUGGUCUCAAGGAAAACACUUCAUUUUGUUUCCCAAAAAUCUCAAGUGCAGGGAAACAAAAUUAACUGCAACCCAACCUCUGUAUGUGACCAUCUCUUUUCCUGCAACAUUGUUUCAUUUAGACUGACUUUUCAAACUUUGCCGCUUUGAAGAUCAGUGCCUUGGUCAGAAUUUUUAUUCUUGAAUCAAAGAUUGUUUUGGAUAGUUUUCAAUUCUCAGGGUUGUCACUAAAAUUUCAAGUUGCCAGGUAAAUACAUGUACAACACGUAGGAGGAGAAUCAAACAGCUAGGGGUUUCUUUUGGUUCUAUUUUUCUUAUAUUUUCUUUUUAAAGUAGCCGGGGGCCACAUUCAUCGUAGCCCCCACCUCUUAAUGACAGCCCUGAAUUCCUCAACUGAAGAACGGAUAUUGAAGCCAUUGAUGACCUCUUUAAAGGGGCUGUGUCGUAAAAUAAAUGUCUAGUUCAUUGGGUUAACCCUUCAGGUCGCACAAGUGACCAACAUCAAUUUUCUCCUCACAACAUCAACAGAUCAUCAAGAGUGAAGGUUAUGAGAAUUGCUAAAUCGAUUAAGAAAGGGAGAAUGCUUUGAUGUUAAACCAGAUUCUCUCAACUAUUCUUAAAGGAAAUGUUUGGAGAUCUGUGUGGAGAAUUUGUAUGUGGAUCUUGGGGCUUAAAAGGGUUUAUUUAUUGCCAAUAACACGGUUUUAUUUUUUAAGGAACUGAAUGUUAGUGAGGAAUAUACUCUCAAUGACUGACAAAAUCACAGCUUCUUAUCAUGCAAAUAUCUCUCCCAAAGUAUUAUACCAAAUGUUACAAACAACAAAAUGAACUUUGACAAACAGUGUUAAGCUAACAAGUUUUCAAAAAUGUCAAUUGCAAUCCAUUUUAAUCUUCCUCAAGUUUGUCCAUCCAUGCCUCCUUUUGUAUUUGCUCUGUUAUUUAUAUCGUCUUUUAAUGUUUUGAGCAGUUUUUUAACCCUUUAAACCCAAAGAUCAAAAUUUGAAUUCUCAUUUGUUGCCCCUAUUCGUUUCCUACAGAAGUAGUGGGGAGAAAGUUAUAAAAUAUCAAGCAAAUUCAUCUUGAGUGAUCAUGUCCGUAAUUCUUAUGACCACUAUUUUUUACAAAGCAUUGAUAUUACAAGGAGAAAUUUGUUGCUGAUCGCUCUUAGGGCUUCAGGGUUAAUGUUUCACUGAAUUUGGUGGUAGCCCUCACUGCUGGAAUUUUGAUAAACUUCUUGACACAGCUUCUUUAAGUUCAAAUUUUAUUCUGCCUAGCAACACUUGACCAGAUUUCCCUGUACCAUAAUAUUAAUCCUAACAACUGCAUAUGUUGUUUGGUUAUAGAUUAAGCCCUUACUUCAGAAUUGAACAAGGAUUGUCUCUCACCUCUUUAACAUUUUCAAAUAAACUGAACUUCAAUUGGCCACUGUGCAAUUUUGAUCUGCAAGGCAAAUGCAAUGAUGAGGACUGCAAAUUCCAGCAUUUUGCUCAAUGCAAAUUAUCAAAGGAACAAACACUGCAAGAUGUGGCCUCUUACAAUCCAAAUUUCACUGUGGAAAAUCAAGAAUUGCAAGAGAUUCAGGAGAGUAUUGAAUCUUUCACGAAAGCUUUUGCAAAACAAUAUCAAGACAAGAUGACUUGGGAAGAACUUUGUAUAUUACUUGCAAAUGAUUUGAGGAAAACACGAAAGGGUAAUGGACCAUUUAAUAUCGCUCUUCAUCCUCGAAGUUGGAUACUAAAGCAGGGAGAUAAAAAAGAGGAAGAAUUCAUAGAAGACAGUGUUCCUGAUUUAGGACGCGGGAUUGUUUUUGUUAAGAGAGACAAUAUCCAUGGUGCAGUUACACAGACUAGAGAGACUGCCAAGAAAAAAGCAAGGCCUGUAAAUGAAGAAAGGUAAGUCUUCUGUUACAGUGAUGUGUGACACAGUCUGUUUGAUGGCCAGUUGCACAAAAUUAUCCUGAAUUUUCAGUUAACUGAAUGAUUGUCAUGAAUAAUGUGUAUAAAGGGUUUUGUUAUCAUUUUUUCACAAGUGUCACAGUGACUUAGAUAUUGAACGCAACCUUUCGACUGCGUACUGCAGGUAGUCAUCAGGCAAUAACGUUGAUUUUACUGAGUAGAACUAUUUGUACCACCAUGUUUUUUAAUCACUCACAUUUUUUAAAUGGACACCAUCUUCUUAUGAAGACCUGCAGCACAUGGUCGAAAUGUCACAAUCAAUAUCUAAGCGACACACAAUUGUGUCAAACAAUCAAUUAAACCCUUUAUAACUGAUUGAUUAUUUAUAUGUCGCUCACUUCCCUCCACAAAAAUGUUCAGGGAAGUGGUUAUCAAUGCCCUUGUAGAGGUCCUAGAAUGUAUCUUAUUACCAAUGCCAUUGUUCCCUUAACACUGAAAAAAUACCCUUUUUAAUGCAGGCCUCACAACAUAAUUAUCCAAUAUAUACAUUGUAUUAUGGUUUGUUUGUUCUAGGGCUUCAUGGUCAUGUGUAAGUGCUUUAACCCUUUAAGCCCUAAGAGUGAUUAGCAUCAAAUUUCUCCUUGUAAUACCAAUGCUUUGUAUAACACAGUGGUCAUGAGAAUUUUUAAUUACAUGAUCACACAAGAUGAAUUUGAUUGAUAUUUCAUCAACUUCUCCCCACUACUUCUGUAGGAAAUGAACUAGGGCAACAAAUGAGAAUUCAAUUUUUGAUCUUAGGGUGUAAAGAGUUAAUACAUGAAAGAAAGCAAUUAUGAUUAUUAUGUUAACUUCAUGAGGUUACCAAAUACUGGAGGGCAGUUGGGUGUUGUUUUUGUCCCACUGCAGUAAAUUGACAUUUACCUUGAAGGUGAAAGCUAUGGUGCAGGAAUUAUGUAUUUUUAAGCGCUACUUUUAGUAUUUCCAAAAACUUUUCAAUUGAUUGGUCAUCAAGGAAUUAACUGCAAACUCAAAGGUUUGAACUGCAUUACAUGCAAGUAGUACAUGUAUGUUUGUUAUCGACUAUGGUAAAGUGUAGGAAUAAGCUGGAAGUGCGUGAAACGUUUGAGAGUCAUUGUCUUGUUCAUGUGUUGCAGCCAGGAAAUACGCUACUUUGUGGAAGAAUACAACAACAUCGAAACUCUUGAAGAUUCUUUGGAAAACUCGCCUACUGAUGUAGCUUUAUGGAUUACGCUUGCAAGGUUAAAGCUUCAUGAGAAACCUGUUGAUAUCAACACAGAAAAUGAGGACACCUUCAGGAAUAAUAUCGCACAAGCACUUAGUACCCUGUCAAGAGGAUUAGAGGAAAACACCCAUUCAGAGGUAAAUGUCAUGUUUUAUUAUGUCCAUUUUGAAAUCACUGGUGAUCCCUUCAAUCUGAUUGGCUCUCAGUAGUGUGAUUAAUUCAUGAUUAAACAGCACCAUUUUUGCUCUAGAUGGGAUCAUUUCUGUUUCGGGUACAGAAUGAGAUGUAAAAGCCGUUUCGUUUCCUCUUUUCAACAAACUGGCUACUAGAUCAAAUAAGUAUUGGUACUGACUGAAUUUUGCAAUUUCAAAAUGGCUUUAAUAAAGUGGUAAUUGAACUUCAUCUCAUGCCAUUUUCGUCUGAAAUCAUACUUAUGAUUUCAAAUCGGACUCGCACGAUUUUUAAAUCACGCGUAUGGUUUCAGACCAAAUUAGACUCCACUCAGUUUAAUUACCGUUAUGUAUUGUCUAAUAACACCUUUUAUUCCAAGGCCAAUAUAUGGCAAGAGUAUUUAUCACUCCUACUUUUAAAUAGCCAGCAUAGCAGGCAUUUCUGCUCAAGGUAUUGAGAGAAAGUUGAUCAUCAGUUCAUCAUCUCGUCAUGAAAACUGCGCAAUAUAAAUUCUAAAUUAUUAAUUAAAAGUUGCAGGUAGAGGACUGAGAAGAAGAGGAAACUCCUUCUCUCCCCUCCCCAUCCCCCUUCUUUUAUUCUUUUAUUUAAUUUUGUUUUUUGCUCUCACUCCAGAUUUCAUGCAUUAACACGAGCAGAAAUGCUUGCUACGCAAUUCUGUGAGCAGAUUCGUAAUUAAUGACCCCUCUUUAACAGAUCUUUCAUAUUGUAGUUUUUAUUUUUUAGGAAAUUAUGUACCUUUUUUUCAAAAAGAAAUUGGAAAUUGCUAGUGAAUUUUCUCCUGUGGUAUCUUUUAGGAUACAAAAAUGGUUCAUGCUUUUCUUGAUUUCAUGUUUGCAAAAGUGUCUGGAAAAUGUCAGCUACUAUGGCAUUUCAAGCAAGCGCAGUUGCCAAUAUUAUGUCAUUUUUAGUGUCAACUCUUGCAGAAUUUACCAUUAUUUGUCAACAGCAACAUAAUGUUUGUUUUGUAACUUUCUUGUGCAGGAAUUGUGGCUGGAGUACUUGGAAUUAUAUUCAUCACAGAGCACCCAAGAUGAGCUCCGGGAGAUCUGUGACCAGGCAGUAGAGUACUCACCAACAUACAGUGUAUGGUGGCAGUACUUGGAGUAUUCGGAAACAUACCAUGCCAAGAAGACUGUCUGUUUGCGUCUGUUGUCCUUUCUUGUAGAAAACCUUGUUGAUCCAAGAGAACUGCACUCGCAUCACAUUCUUGAGACACUUCUUUACCUGGUUCAACUUGAACUGUAUUCUGGACACUACAAAUCAGCAUUAGCUGUUUUCCAAUCAGCGAUAGCUAAGAAACGGAGCUCGUCAGAAGUUGCUGAUCUAUCUGUUCACAUGUUACCUUCUGAUUGUUGUCUUGCUUGGUUAGCUUAUAUUCACGUAUUUGAAUUUCACCGACUUCCUACGCCCUGGUUUGACCCUCAACAAGGCAAGCCUUCCAGAAUGGUAACGAAAGAAGACUUUGUGUUCCCUUGGAAGCCAUCAAAACAAUCCAGAGCCUCUGGAGAAAAACUAUUAGCAUUGUUUCAAGGUACAUGUGUAUCGUUAUGUAAAAGUAAUCAGUUGUGUAGUACAGUGCACAAGCAGUGCCUUUGAGUCCAAUUUUCUUUUGAGCCAGCAUUUAUUUCUUGAUACAGUAUUUCAUGGUCACAAAGCAUCUGGAUGUUCAUGCAAAGUUUUAAAGGUUUAAAAUCUUGACAAAGCUAGUUACUGAAAACAGAGCUACAGUACUAUUUGUGUGAUAAUUUAUUGGUAGAUUAGAAACUGUUUGAGCACCUUUUCUGUUUAUUUAGUUUGGUAGUUUUUUGUUUUUUUUUUCUUGGUGUUAUAUCAGAGCAGAGAAUAAUGCUAGAUACCCCGGGAUAUCGAGUAACCUGUUGAUCUACAGCUGUAGGAUAUUGUUUAUUGCAAGUUGUCUGAUGGUCAAGUUUCUUUGUUAGCUUCAAGUUUAUAACUUAAUAAUGUUCUGUGCUUGUUCUUCUGAGUGCAGGGCUAGAAAACUGAACAAAAUUAUUGCUAACGAAAGCAAGUAUUUUUUUCUAUUUUCAACUCACCUUGCAGAUGCUUUAAAAGCUUGCACUGCUUUAGUGAAAUCAUCUUCCUCCAGACUUAAUGUUUGCCUGCCACUUUACAAGAACCUAAUUGCGUUGGAGAGAGCAUAUGGUAGAAUAAGCUCUGCGGAGGGAAUCUGCCGUCACCUGCUGAAAGACAAUCCAUCUGUGGUGGUACUUUGGCUGUGUCUGGCAGCACUUGAAGAUGCCAUGAAGAAGCCAGGAGAAGUAGAGAAGGUGUACAAGGACGCACUGCUGAGAUGCAAGUGUCAUGCUGAGGUGUCCUAUAGUGCUGCUCACUAUUACCUGGAGCAGGUUUGUGAGAAAUACAGUUCUCUUUAACUGUGAAGGUUUGAACACAGGAGUCAUUUCAUAAGUAGGUUGAGUAUAAUCAGCCGGCUGAAUGUAGUCGUGAAUAGGACUCUUGUUGUUGACAGUGACAUUAAUUUUUGACAACCUGUGUGGUAGUCAUCUGACUUGACUCUGAAGAUGACUACCACACAGGUAGUGGAAACGUCAGUCACUGUCAACAACAACAGUCCUAUUCAGUACUGCAUUCACCUGGACGAUCACACUCAACCUACAGUUCUGUUUGUGGAAUAAUUGGAAAAGCUCUUUAAGGUCCUUGAAUCCCAUGAUUAUUUCUUUGGAAUGGCAAAAAGCGGGUAGAUUUUCAAAAACGUGUUUUCUAUUUUCUAAGGUGUUACUGCUUCAUCCUACAAAUUCUGGUUUAACCUUGUAGGCCUUUUUUUUCAUUUUCAAUGUGAUAACAUUGCUUAAGCUAACAUAGAGAUUGAGAGAAUGAUCCUUUGAUCAGUACAUGUAAACCAUACUUAUAGAAAUAUGUGGAGAAAAGUGCAGAGAUUGUGCAUGUUGAUACUAAAAUUGGAAGGGUUUUUGUGUGUGACCGGUGACAUGUUGGAUGCUUUACAUUAAAAGGUUUGUUUAUACAGUCAACUCUCUCUAAGCCGGACACCUUUGGGACUGGCUCCAAGUGUCCGUCUUAGAGAGAUGUCCAUCUUAUAGAGAGUCAUCUGGGCCCAGUUGUUCAAAAGAUAGAUAACGCUAUCCACUGGAUAGUGAUUUAUCUGGUUGAUAGCGUUUUCCUCCUUUUGAACAACCGGGGUCUGUAGUGGAAAGUGCUCUUAGCUUAUCCAGCUAGUUUACAGGCACCCCACUCAAAUAAUCAGAAACAAAUAAUUCAAAUAUAAUAUGAUUAUCACGGUUUUAAACCCCAAUUGACAGGAGGCAACCAGUGGGCUAUUUACAAGUGUGACUGGGGAUUUGGACUCGGGCGAACAAAUCUAGAACAAAUCCAGCCAGUGGACUUGAACCUAGUACUGCUGGAUUGCAAGUCCAACUCGUUGACCACUUGACCACACUGCGUCCUACAUUGCCUUUUUUUCUGUCCACAGGGUGAAGUGCAAAAAGCUGUAUCAGUUCUUGUCAAGUGUGUAUUGAACAAGUUUGCAUCAGACAGUAAGACACCUGUGGGUGAGGUACUCAGCUUAGCUGCUGCUACCCCUUCUGAGCAUAAUGGACCUGAUCCAAUUGCACUGUACCGCCGACUUUUAUCACAGCCACUUCCUUAUGACUACAAGUGUCCUUCACUCAUGCCAGGAGUUUUACCACAGAGCUUGGGAAGAGAGAAGCUCUUCUUGUGGCUCUCCUAUUGGUAAGAUGAUGGCAAUGAUAAUAAAUUUUAUUAGUAGUAGUAUUAAGUAUUAGUAUCAUUAUUACCAGUAAACUCCUGAGUGUGAACCAUCAAGCAAGAAGGGAGACCUAGACGUGGUCCUUGUCAUUCUUCAUUCAUUUUCGUUUACUUGUUGUAAGUCGGACAGCUCUCAAUGACGUCGGUUUCUUUCUUAGAGACACUGGACGGUAGGUUUUUUAUUUUCCCAGAUUGCUCCUGGGGUUAUUGACACUUCUGGCCAUUGCCAUUCACAAAUGUCCAAGCAUGUUGUCUGAUUUGUUUAUUAGCUUGUUACUGGAGAUUUCACCACCAACCUCAUCUGAGAAAAGCUUGCACUGCUUUAGUGAAAUCAUCUUCCUCCAGACUUAAUGUUUGCCUGCCACUUUACAAGAACCUAAUUGCGUUGGAGAGAGCAUAUGGUAGAAUAAGCUCUGCGGAGGGAAUCUGCCGUCACCUACUGAAAGACAAUCCAUCUGUGGUGGUACUUUGGUUGUGUCUGGCUGCACUUGAAGAUGCCAUGAAGAAGCCAGGAGAGGUAGAGAAAGUGUACAAGGAAGCACUGCUGAGAUGCAAGUGUCAUGCUGAGGUGUCCUAUAGUGCUGCUCGCUAUUAUCUGGAGCAGGUUCGUGAGAAACACAGUUCUGUUUGUGGAAUUUUUGGUAAAGCUUUUCAAGGUCCUUGAAUCCCAUAAUUAUGUCUUUGGAAUGGCAAAAAAGAGGGUAGAUUUUUUUGUUGUUUUUGAUUUUGUAGUUGUUACUGCUUCAUCCUACAAAUUCUGGUUUAACCUUGUAGGCCUUCCUUUUCGUGUUCAAUGUGAUAACGUUGCGUAAUCUAACAUAGAGAUUGAGAGAAUGAUCCUUUGAUCAGUAAACCAUACUUAUAGAAAUAUGGAGAGAAAAGUGCAGAGAUUAUGCAUGUUGAUAUUAAAAUUGAAAGGGUUUUCGUGGUUUUUGUGUGACCGGUGACAUGUUGGAUGCUUUACAUUAAAAGGUUUGGUUAUAUAGUCAACUCUCUCUAAGCCGUACACCUUUGGGACUGGCACCAAGUGUCUGUCUUAGAGAGAUGUCCAUUAACCUUUUAAGCCCCAAGAUCCACAUGCAAAUUCUCCAGACUGGUCUCCAUAUAAUUCUUUUAAGAAUAAUUGAGAGAAUUUGGUUUAAAAUCAAAGUAUUCUCCCUUUGGUAAUCAAUUAAGUAAUUCUCAUAACCCUUGACUCUUGAUGAUCUGUUGAUGUUGUUAGGAGAAAAUUGAUGUUGGUCACUCUUGGGACCUAAAGGGUUAAGAGAGAGUUGACUGUAGUGGAAAGUGCACUUAGCUUAUCCAGCUAGUUUACAGGCACUCCACUCGAAUAAUUAGAAGCAAAUCAUUCAAAUAGAAUAUAAUUAUCAGCGUUUUAAAACCCAAUUGGCUAUUUACAAGCAUGGCUGAGGAUUUGGACUCAGGAGAACUGGGAACAAAUCCAGCCGGUGGACUUGAACCUUGUACUUCUGUAUUUCAAGUCCAACUCAUUGACCACUUGGCCACACUGCCUCCUACAUUGCCUUUUUUCUGUCCACAGGGUGAAGUGCAAAAAGCUGUGUCAGUUCUUGUCAAGUGUGUAUUGAACAAGUUUGCAUCAGACAGUAAGACACCUGAGGGUGAGGUACUCAGCUUAGCUGCUGCUACCCCUUCGGAGCAUAAUGGACCUGAUCCAAUUGCCCUGUACCGCCGACUUGUAUCCCAGCCACUUCCUUAUGACUACAAGUGUCCUUCACUCAUGCCAGGAGUUUUACCACAGAGCUUGGGAAGAGAGACGCUCUUUUUGUGGCUCUCCUAUUGGUAAGUUGAUGGUAAUAAUAAUAAAUUUUAUUAGUAGUAGUAUUAAGUAUUAGUAUUAUUAUUACCACUAAGCUCCUGAGUGUGGACCAUCAAGCAAGAAGGGAGACCUAGACUUGGUCCUUGUCAUUCUUCAUUCAUUUUCGUUUACUUGUUGUAAGUCAAACAGCUCUCAAUGACAGCGGUUUCUUUCUUAAAGAGACUGGACGGUAGGUUUUUUUAUUUUCCCAGAUUGCUCCUGGGGUUAUUGACACUUCUGGCCAUUGCCAUUCACAAAUGUCCAAGCAUGUUGUCUGAUUUGUUUAUUAGCUUGUUACUGGAGAUUUCACCACCAACCUCAUCUGAGUGGGACAAUCUGACACCAGAUGCAGCAUUUGAGACAGCAGUGCACAGCCCUUUAGACAGACAAGAUAUCCAAAUACUGUGGACAGAAUAUCUACUCUACCAGAGAUCCAAAGUCCUGAAGAGAGACAAGUCAUCAUCAGUACCAAGACAAUCCAUGGAUGAACUAGUAAACAGAUGCUUGAUGUCAGUGAGCACCAGUAGCUCUUUGCCUCAUUCAUCAAGUGCCGUAUGGCAAGACUACAGGUUUCAUAAUCAGGUAAGCUAUAACAAAAUUGAUUUAACAACUGCAUCGAUGAAUAGAGGUUGGGUGCCUGUAGUAUCCAGGGGCUACUACUCUUGGCAGCCAGCCCCUAGAUUGAAUAAUGCCCCCAUGGCUGGCACACCAGCCCAACACAGCCAUGAGCCCUACUUAAAAGGAAACAAAACAGACACCCGUCAUACUGAAAAUAUAAUCAGUGGAGAAGAAAUCCGCAACGGAUCAACUUAGGUUUCUGGGAAACUACCCACCUACCCCUCCCCUAAGCCAACAGUUUGCCCUAAGUGGGAAGUAAGUGAUAAUGUUGACUUAGGGAAGGGGUGGGUGGUCAAUUUCCCAGAAAGCUGAAUUGAUCCGGAACCACAAGUAGGGUACAAAAACUGGCUGACAGAAACCUUGUGGCAGGAACAACGCAGCUCGAAGGAAAACUCGUCACAUCACUAAAUCACGUGAAGGUUGUUGAGGACCACCAACCGACCGCGGACCAUUGGCGCUUAAGACGCUCCUAGUUAUUACCGGAAAUCCUCCGUUAAGCCCUCCUUCUCCAUUUCGUUACAGAAAAUCACUAUCUGUUAUUAAUGCGAGUCGUCACAGUUUCCAGUUUAAUUUUUUAUAAACUGGUUCAAGUUCCUAGGCUCGCUACAUUAACAAAAGUCUUACUCACCCGGUUUGGUUUCUUAUAACAUACUGGGUCUUCAGACUUUGACAUCUGUGCAGUGUCGCAUAUUCUCCUUCGCAGCUGCUCGGGCCGGAGUCACGCGAUACUUUAGGAGCAUUGCGUGACUCCGGGCCCAGCGGCCAUGAAGGAGAGUAAAGUGUCACAUAAUUUUGACACUGAAAACUGUUGAUACUGUACUAAGGUUUAAAAACCCUUUGUUUUAGACCCUAUCAGUGACCGUUAUCUAAUUCCUCCACCGUCCACAUAUUAUAUCAAGAUAAAUGUUUGGAUCAAAAAACGUUAUCCUGGUAAUUUUCUAAGAGUGUGUUAUAAGUGCCUGGAGGUAACAUUCGUGGUGAUUUUAGGGUGCGUUAACCCUUCAAACCCUAACAUCAAAAUUCAAAUUCUCAUUUGUUAUCUCUAUACGUUUUCAAUAAAAGUAGUGGGGAGAAUUUGUUGAAGUAUCAAUUAGAUUCAUUUAGUGUGAUCAUGUUCUUAAUUCUCAUGACCACUCUGUUUCACAAAGCAUUGAUAUUACAAGGAGAAAUUUGAUGCUGAUCACUCUUGGGGCUUAAAGGGUUAAGGUGUGUGGCCUGCAGGGUUUACUUGGUUGUGAUACUGUGUUUCAUAUGUCAUUAAUUCUUUCAGGUUAUCAGCAUCUCACUGAGCUGCAAAUCCCAGUCUUCUUGGUCAGCCUACUUCCAAAAAUACUUGAGAUUGUUCCCAGGGAACGUCAACUUAGCACUAUGGUAUGUUUUUCAGUGUAUACCGGGCUAUUUCAUAGUUGAGGAGACUGGUUAUGAACGCUGAAGAACAUCAAAGAUGAAAACAACGGUGCUGGAGUUUAUGUUUAGCCUUCACACAGUAGUUCUUUUGGCUCGUCACGCAAUGCUCCACAACGUGAGGCAGAAACGCGUCACGAACCCCUAAGAACGUCCGCGCGGGAGGCUAGUUUAUGUUUGGAGCUCCCCGACGGCGCAAAAUCUUCUGCUUUUUGUUCAUAAGUUGUGACUGUCAGUAAAUUAAUGUGACGUUUUUAUUGGUUAACAAGAUUAAAAUGAUAGGAAUGCUACCUUCAAGUCCAGGAAAGCUAACAAGGACACAUGACAAAGAAGUCAGAUGGCUAACCAUGGCUAGUCAUGCAUCUCAACUUUUCAUUCAACUUGUUGACGCAACCAUUAUUUGCGGGGAUGGUCUUAAAGCAGUGUUGUAGAUAGUAGAUUGUUGCACUCGAUGUUGGCAAAACCAUUUGAUUUGGUAUGUUGCUCAAUUUAUUUUUACAGGGCCUGCAAGCAUGAAGUGGAGAAGAAAAAUCUUGACCAAGCAAAGAGAAUCAGUUCUUCAUUUCUUUCAGAACAUUUGCACUGUAUUAGCAUGUGGAAGGUGUACCAUUCAUAUGCUUUAUGCAUUUUCCACAGACAACAAGUUUUGUGUAGAAUGACUACAAAAGUACAAUGAGGCGAUGCGCAUCCUCAAAGUUUUUGACGCAAGCCUUUGAAGACUGUAGUUGAUUGUCAAAAUGUACUUGAAAUCUAUCUCUUCAUAAUUGAAGAAACGUUUGCACGUUUAAGUGUUAAGGACUCUCUCAAAAACUUUAGCAGAGUCUUAAUCAGCCUGACAUACUGGAGCGUCUUUCUGCUUUGUUUAAAUAAGACCAUUCUUAUACUUUUUAGCUUUGAAAGCCCUGAUUUGAAUGACUGUCUUCCCUGUGUUGUGUGUUGUUUUCCUUUUUGUUCCUAACAGGGCUAUUUCUGUUGAAUUGAGGAGACAUUGCAUCAAGGAGGUAAAGAUUUUUUUUUCAUUUUUGCCGUGUCCAUGUUCGUCAGGUUUAGGAUGUGUGAAAAUCUAGUCUUGAGAAUAAAAAGUAUUAACAGUCAUUUAACAAUAACUAUCAGCCAUUAUUAUUAUUAUUAUUAUUAUUAUUAUUAUUAUUAUUAUUAUUAUUAUUAUUAUUAUUAUUAUUAUUAUUAUUAUUGUCAUCAUCAUCAUCAUCAUUGUAUUAGUGGGUAAAUCCUGUCUGUUUCCUAGGCCCGCAAGAUGUAUCAACAGGCCACUAUGGUUUUACCACUUGGUGCAACGCUCUGGAAAGAUGUAAAGUUCAUCAACAUUUAUUUUUUAUAUCAGCUUUGCUCUUCCAUCUUUUGCUGCUGUACCUUUGUUUUUCUGUUGAAUUCUUUUGUCGUUCAAGUUUUUCCUUUCCUGUCCUGAACUUCAGGUUCAUUGUCCUCUUUCAUGUUCACAGUAUUUGAUGUUCGAGCUUGCCCAGAGUGGCGAUGGCCCCGAUGUCCAGGAGAUUGUGGCGAAAGGUCGUGAAAUAGGUGUUGAUCUUGAGGAGUUCUUGAACACUCUUCUUGGUAAAUGA